AUUUUCCUGUUAGAAAGAUCUCAUGCUCAUGGAGAGAGGAACAAUAGCAAGAAUUUGAGAAUUUUGGCUACAUCAACCUGUACUCUUCACAAGCUUUUGCUGCAUGAAUACAGACCAGAAAGCAUACCAAGAAAUGAAAAAAAUGAAAAUGAAAUGACAAUAAACCUUCUACAAGAUAAUCAAGAAAGUACAAAAAAUAAAAUCUCUGAAACUCAUAAACAGCUGAAAUAUGUACAUACUAGGAAAGUAACCAUUGCUUCUGGACCAAGGACUAUGCUUGCGAGAAGACCUCGGCAUGUUGGGAAACCCAAGAAACAUUCAGUAAAAAAUCAAGUUCAGGAAAAGCUAGUUGAGAGUGAGUCAAAGAAAUUGCCCAGAAAUACACAAAGUAGACUUUUGCCACUUCAAAGAGAUACGGAGCAGUUGGAGAGAUUACAACAUCAACUUCAGUCAGAUGAAGCAGUUGUAGAACAAGAAAAUGAGGUGACAGUUGCUCCUGCAGCACGGAAUGCCAGCAUCAUCGUCCCUUACACCUUUACAUCGUAGUACAAAGGAUGAUGCUAUUAUGAACCAGUUUUUGCCUCUGGUCGGCCAAGAAAGCAAGAAAGUGGAAGAUGGCUGUGCUGCACCUGCCUCUAGGCUAGACUUCACUGAUCCUUCAGUACAGAAACAAACUUCUCAGAUUCAAUUUUUGUUAGACAG